GUCGCGCCGUGCGGCUCUUCGCAGACACCGCCCAGUGCCCUGUGACCUCUCCCCUCCCCCCCACGCGCAUGCGCGGCGCAUGCGUGGCCCGGGGUCUCGGGGCGUUGCUGGGAAACAUCUGCCGACGGUUGCGGCGGGCACCGGCCGAGAUGGCGGCGGUGGCGGCGGCUGCGCUGGCGCGGCUUGUGGCGGCCUUUCUGCUCCUCGCGGCCCAGGUGGCCUGUGAGUACGGCAUGGUGCACGUGGUCUCCGAGGCUGGGGGCCCCAGAGGCAAAGACUACUGCAUCCUCUACAACCCGCAGUGGGCCCAUCUGCCGCAUGACCUCAGCAAGGCGUCUUUCCUGCAGUUGCGCAACUGGACGGCCUCCCUGCUCUGCUCCGCAGCGGACCUCCCUGCCCACGGCUUUGGCAACCAGAUCCCGCUGGUGGCCCGGGGGAACUGCACCUUCUAUGAGAAAGUGAGGCUGGCCCAGGGCAGCGGAGCACGCGGGCUGCUCAUCGUCAGCAGGGAGAGGCUGGUCCCCCCGGGGGGCAAUAAGACGCAAUAUGAUGAGAUUGGCAUUCCUGUGGCCCUGCUCAGCUACAAAGACAUGUUGGACAUCUUCAGGCGUUUCGGCCGCAUGGUGAGGGUGGCACUGUAUGCGCCUCAUGAGCCAGUGCUGGACUACAACAUGGUCAUCAUCUUCAUCAUGGCCGUGGGCACUGUCGCCAUCGGCGGCUACUGGGCCGGGAGUCGGGACGUGAAGAAAAGGUACAUGAAGCACAAGCGCGACGACGGGCCCGAGAAGCAGGAGGACGAGGCGGUGGACGUGACGCCAGUGAUGACCUGCGUGUUCGUGGUGAUGUGCUGCUCCAUGCUGGUGCUGCUCUACUACUUCUAUGACCUCCUCGUGUACGUGGUCAUCGGGAUCUUCUGCCUGGCCUCCGCCACCGGCCUGUACAGCUGCCUGGCGCCCUGUGUGCGGCGGCUGCCCUUCGGCAAGUGCAGGAUCCCCAACAACAGCCUGCCCUACUUCCACAAGCGCCCGCAGGCCCGCAUGCUGCUCCUGGCGCUCUUCUGCGUGGCCGUCAGCGUAGUGUGGGGUGUCUUCCGCAAUGAGGACCAGUGGGCCUGGGUCCUCCAGGACGCCCUGGGCAUCGCCUUCUGCCUCUACAUGCUGAAGACCAUCCGUCUGCCCACCUUCAAGGCCUGCACACUGCUGCUGCUGGUGCUGUUUCUCUACGACAUCUUCUUCGUGUUCAUCACGCCCUUCCUGACCAAGAGUGGGAGCAGCAUCAUGGUGGAGGUGGCCACGGGGCCGGACUCAGCUACCCGUGAGAAGCUGCCCAUGGUCCUGAAGGUGCCCAGGCUGAACCUCUCACCUCUGGCUCUGUGUGACCGGCCCUUCUCCCUCCUGGGUUUCGGAGACAUUUUGGUGCCAGGGCUGCUGGUGGCCUACUGCCACAGGUUCGACAUCCAGGUACAGUCCUCCAGAGUAUACUUCGUGGCCUGCACCAUCGCCUAUGGCGUUGGCCUCCUGGUGACGUUCGUGGCGUUGGCCCUGAUGCAGCGUGGCCAGCCCGCUCUCCUCUACCUGGUGCCCUGCACGCUGGUGACAAGCUGCGCCGUGGCACUCUGGCGCCGGGAGCUGGCCGUGUUCUGGACGGGCAGCGGCUUUGCGGUGAAUACCAGUUUGCUCUGACUGUGAGAAACAGUC